AUGGACGAACCGGGUUGUGCUUGGCCUUUCUGGAAGUUUGGGAUGAAGAGAGACGAUCUCUCCACCAAACUACAAGACCAAUACAACACUAUCCCUUCCAGCAUCCAGGACCCCGAUGCCUUUCACAACGAUGUCUGCGAGAUCUCCCACAUCGCCGACACCGCCGACGAGUUCCAUCGCCUCAUGGCUGACCGCAAGGAACAACGCUUGAAAGAACUCAACAUGUCGCUUGAUCUCGCUGCUGUCGAGAUCAUUGCGAACCCCAAGCUCGUCGGCACGGCGCAGUGGUCGUACGCUCUGCAGCUCUUCCGAACACGCUCGCUCGACUCCCUGGUGCGACUGUUCUCAAGCUAUCUCCCCGACGACUAUUCAUGCGCGCAAGGCUACUAUGCAUCCUCCACCGGCACUUCCUUUAGUGAUCGAUGCAGCUCUCGCACGGCGAGCACCAACCUUAGCAGUCUCGACGACGGUCCCUGUUUCUUUCACGAUGAUGAUGACGACAAGCCCGUUAUGACGCAUGAACCCUUUCACAUUUCGACUUCUAUCUCUUCCUCCGCUAUUACCACCGAUCUCCCUCCCUCCCCUCGUUCCAUGACGAUGCACUCCGAUACCUCUGUGUCGUCACCGAUCGACCAUGAUCACGACCACAGCUACCACCUCCACAACCUCACGCCUGCGCGAACAUUAUCCUUUUCCGGAUCCGAGUCCGGCCGACUUGAAGAGAGACGGCUUCAGUGUCUCGAUGAAGACGACGAUGAGGAAGAAGAUACCUCACAGUCCGAAGAUCCCGACUCUCUGACGACGUCGGUCUCUGAUCUAGAAGACCACCGUUCGACGCGUGAAUCUACCGUGGAAGAGGAGCAACCUAGCGAAUACACCGAUAGCGCCAUUAGAGAAGACGACUGCGAAGAAGAGUUCCCGACAACCCAACUUCCCUUCGACCUCUACGACGACGUGAUGGAGUCUUCGGAAACACCAACACCCAAACCAGAAACAAUAACAACGGCGGCAUCUUACCUUGACAGCAAAUCUCCUUUCCGUUCGAUACCCCAAUCUUUCCGCGCGUCUUCACCAAAGAUACCCCAUCUUCACCGCCGUCGUGACGCCAGCCCCGCAAAGGGCAUUAGCAGCAGUAGUAUCAGUAGGAGGACCCCCGAAGAAUCAGCGUGCCGUAUUCAGAAGCCGCAGCCCGACGUCGCACGCGUGCGGGCCUCGGCGGCAAGGGAGCGUAGAAGAGGCUUGGACUAG